AUGGUUACUAGCACUUCGAGCUAUCGCCUACCUGAUGGCAAGCCCAAAACCGUCAUUAUCACAGGCGGCGCAAACGGCAUCGGUGCCGAAACAGCUCGCACCUACCAUGACCAUGGCUGUAACAUUGUCAUAGCCGAUCUUCCCUCCUCCAAUGAGGCAGCUAAUGCUCUUAUUUCAUCUCUACCUGAACCAUCACGAGCUGUAUAUCACCCCACCAACAUUGUUAGUUGGAGCGACAUGCAAGGUCUGUUUCGGGAGACAAAGAAGACAUUUGGACAAGUAGAUAUUGUCGUUGCAAAUGCGGGAAUGAUGGAGAGUAAAGGUUUCUUCGACUUUGAAGAGGACGAGCAAGGGGAACUGAUGGAGGCGAUUGAAGCUGGCAAGAUCAUCGACGUUAAUUUGAAAGGCACUAUGAACACUCUCCGAAUGGCUAUGCACUCCAUGAAAUCUAACCCACUGGACUCGGACGGUGCACGAGGCUCUAUCGUACUCAUCGCCUCAACAUCUGGGUACUUCGGUGGAACUGGUGUAGUUUCAUACGUCUCUUCCAAGCAUGGCGUAGUAGGCUUAGCUCGAGCCUCACAGAUUGUUGCCCAGCAGCUCAGCGUCCGAGUCAAUGUCGUUGCACCCUUCUUCACCCCCACGCACAUUACUUCGGGCUACUCUGAAAAGUGGAAGGAGUAUAGUCUGCCAGCAAAUACAACUGAAGAUGCAGCUAAUGCUAUUGUGACUACAAGUGUGCAUCCUAAGAGACAGGGUCAUAGCAUGAUGGUCGCAGGCAACUUGGUGCGAGAGAUUGAAGUGGCAAGAACAGCAUCAACGAAGGAUUGGCUAGGAGAGGAAAUAUCCGAUAUUAUGACGAAAGGUGGCAAGUUCUUCAAUGAUUUAGGCGGUUAUACCCUACCUAAAGCACGGUCUUGA